AUGGCCGCGAAAUCUGAUGGUGCACCUGUCUCUCUACGAAACGAGAUCCCACCCGAGUGUCCUUCCAGGUCGGACCGGCGGCCUCCCCGGCGCCGUCCCGCCAAGCAGCGCUACUCCCUCCCGGACUGCUGCUGGACGCUGUGCGCCCUUUUGGUCUUCUUCUCGGACGGGGCCUCAGACCUGUGGCUGGCCGCGGACUACUACCUAAGGAGGUACUACUGGUGCUUUGCACUAACUCUGGUCUUUGUGAUAGUCCCGUCCGUGGUCGUGCAAGUGUUGAGCUUCCGAUGGUUCGCCUACGAUUUCUCGGAAACCGUCGAGAGCGGCACGGCUGCCGCGGCCGUGGUGGCGGCGUCGGGCGCGGAGGAGAGCGACUUCAGCACCAAGGACAGCGGCGAGCGGGGCGCUGGCUACGCUGCCGGGGCCGGCGUGCAGCCGGGGCCGGCCACCGCGGGAGGAGCCAGGGGCUGCUGCAGAGCCCUAAUGUGGCUCUUCCAGGCCAUCAUUCACAUCUUACAGCUGGCACAGGUCUGGAGGUAUGUCCACGCCUUGUAUUUGGGUGUGCAGAGCCGCUGGCACAGAGACCCCGAGCGCCGUCACUACUACUGGCGCAUGAUGUUUGAGAGUGCUGACAUCAGCAUGCUGCGCCUGCUUGAGUCCUUCCUGAAGAGCGCCCCUCAGCUGGUGUUGCAGCUCAGCAUCAUGAUCCAGGCCAGUCAGGUGCUGCCCCUUCAGGGGCUUUCAGCUUCUGCUUCACUGAUAUCCCUCUCCUGGAUGAUCUCCUCCUAUCAGAAAGUCCUGAGGGACUCCCGGGACGAUAAGCUACCCAUGACGUACAAGGCCGUCGUAGUUCAGAUUCUGUGGCACCUGUUCACCAUCGGGGCCCGCUCUCUGGCCUUUGCCCUGUUCGCCUCCGUGUUCCAGCUUUACUUUGGCAUCUUCAUCGUGGCCCACUGGUGCAUCAUGACGUUUUGGAUCAUUCAAGGCGAAACAGACUUCUGCAUGUCCAAAUGGGAGGAGAUCAUCUAUAACAUGAUGGUGGGCAUUGUGUACGUUUUCUGCUGGUUCAGUGUGAGAGAGGGGCGCACUCACUGCAGGAUGCUCAUCUACAGUCUGACUGUGUUCGCCGAGAAUGUGGCUCUCACCACUGCCUGGUACCUGUACCGCGGCCCUCGUACCUCAGACUUCUAUGCCGUCAUCAUGGUGUGCGUGGUGGCCAGCAGCUACGCUCUGGGCACCUUCUUCAUGUUUGUGUAUUAUUGUCUGCUGCACCCUGAUGGCCCGGUCUCAGGGUGGGGCUCAAUCGUGGAGAAGGAGGUGCCUGUGGAGUCGCUGACCUCACCGGCUUCCAGCCUCCCCCCUGACCUGGUGAGCAGCCCCCCCAGGACCCUUCAGAGAACUAAAGGGACAGACAGAGAGCAGGGGCCUGGGGUAGAUGGAGACGUGUUUCAGGUACGACCACCUCGGGGAGCUCAGGCCCCAGUGCCACACCUCACACCCAGGACAGAGGGGCCCGUCAUCCGAAUAGACCUGCCCAGGAAGAAGUACCCCGCCUGGGACGCUCACUUCAUUGACCGCCGGCUGCGUAAAACCAUCCUGGUGCUCGAAAGCGCUGCCCCGGUCACACCGAGGAUUCAGUACCGCUGUCUGGGCACACCCAAAGAAGUGAUGGAGUACGAGACCACCGUGUGACGUGCUGAAGGCGCUGUGACUCAGCUCGCUGCCAUGUGGUCAUCCUGCCUUAAAUAAAAUGGCAGGCGGAUGACUCUCACUGAGCAGUCUGUUUCAGCUCCACACCUACUUGAUCGCUCGCUGUACUGUCAGGAUGUGGAGACAAACGGGCACAGAAAGGGACGGAGUGUGGCGUCUUUAUUUUUUACAAAGGAAAAAUCCUGUGAUGUUGUCUGAUGAUGGUGCAUAUUUUAGUUUCUGUAUCAUUUUCUCAGGUCAGGAUGUGGUACAGGAAGAGGUUGAGGUCAGCGGCAAAGCUCGCUGUCCAGCGUACUUAGAGAGGAGCACAGGCAGGCAGAGAAGUGGAGCUGUGUGAUUAUCAAUCAGAGGCGGAAAGUCCUCCCCAGUGACGUUGCUUCAGCACGUCCUCUCAAGGCGGGUCGACAGCAGAGGCCAGCCUUCAACAUGCAUGAUUACUUAUGGCAGCUAGAAAUGAAACAUCACUGAACAAGAUUUGGAGGGGAGGCGUUUAAAGAUGGGCACUGUCAUUUUAAACACAGUCUACAAUAAAUACAACACAGGUACCACAGAUCAUCGUAAUCAUAAUUUUCCAUAGUUAUUCAUUCAUGUUGAAGGGGUCUCUGGAAAUGCUGCUUCAAAUGUGAAGGGCAGUUCAAAAGCAACAUUUGAGUUGAAUGUAAAAACAGUUGAAAAUGUGAUUAUUUGUGACAAGGCUUCAAGCAUUUCCAUGCUGUUCGUGGGAUUUACAAAAUUCCUUUGGUACUAUAUUUGUUUUUUGAGGUAAGCUUGAACAAAAAAAAAAGAGAUUUGUGUGUGUUUACAAGCAAUCUGUUGAUUUUGGGACAUGCCAUCACUAUUAUUCUAGCCAGAUGCACCUUCCUCCAGAAUGUGUAUGUACUGAACAAUAGCUACAUUAUGAUUUCCAUUACAUUGGCAGGAUGUAUUCUACAGAUAGGACUUUCGACAGUUGUAUUUUCAUACUGUACCCAGCUUACACAGCAAAGGCAACAGGACAGACAUUCAUUUCCAUGUAAAUUAAACUGUACAAUGACGUGGAAGUUACAGAGGGACAGCACUGUCUGUAAUUGUACUGUAUCCAUACUGUGUUGUCUGAAAAAUGUAAAAAUAGAAUUAGCUGCAGAAUCCAGACCCCUAACAGAAUAGCUUUGAUAUUGUUGAUGGUACAGGCAUGUGGUACUUUUGGUAACACUUUAUUUUACCGGUCCGUUAUUUCCUUAUAUUUUCCUCAAAAGCUUCCUAGAAAGAAAUAUGUCCUUUGGAAUGAAAAUGGGGGCAAAUUUUGACCACUGAUUAGUUAAAUGCGUUAGAUUUAACAGCAGUUGUUGAUUUCGUCAAAAUAACUGCUCCAUUUAAGUUCAAGAAAAAGUUUAUCCAUCAUUCACUGAUUCUUGGAAACUUUAUUCUCCAUAAAUGUUAAAUUGCAUACCUGCCCGUAGACAAGUUGCACAUUUCUGCCUGUUCAGCUGACAAAAAGAGUCUAGGGUAGAUCGACAGAAAAAUAAUCUGCAACUACUUUUAUGAUAAAAAUUCAAAAUACCUGCAGAUUUCCACCCGUCAAAAGAAAAGAUUUGUCAUAUAUCAUUAUAAACUGAAUAUUUGGGGGUUUCGUGACUUUUCCUUCAGCUCAGUGAAAUUGUUUUACAAUUUUGUGAUGUUUCAUAGACUUCGAAAAAAGUCUAUGAAACAUCACAAAAAAAUAUAUAUAUAAUCUCCAGAUAAAUCAAUAAUGAAAAUGAUUGUUGGAUGCAGCCCUAAUUGGAAUUGAUUAUUUAGUAGUUUACCAAUUUAUUAUUGUCAGUAAUAUACAGUACAUAUAAUUGGCUCUAAAAUACAAAUUUCCUUCCAGGAACCUUUCUAGAAAUGUAUUAGGGAUUUAUGGACCCAUAAAAUAAAGCCCUUCCAUACUUUAUCAGGGUUGUUUUUCUAUAGAAGAGGAAAAUUUCUUAACUGUGUGUGUGUCUGUGACUGUUUGCGUGUCUGUGUGUAUGUGUGUGUGAGCUCACAUACCAGCAUGUGUAUGGGUGUAUGUGGGGGUGCAAAGAGUCCAGCCACGUGCAUUUAAGUUAAUUUGAAAUUGUGUCACUGAGAAAUGACAGUUUUGUUGUAAACACUGUCCAUUCAGCUGGUUUUUCCCAGAUAGCAGUAAAGUUAACAGUAAAGCCCGCGGAGCACCUUUACCGCCCCCUGUUGCAGAAACAAAGCCAGAGAGGCUUCGAUUAUGGUGCUAACUGUUUGAGUCCAUCACGAAAAAACCACACAGUGAACCAUAAAAUGAGCUUGCUGUGGCAGGAGUGGGGCGGGGGGCCGUACCUCAAACACAAACACAAAGCUAGAAUCAAAAAGCCUUAACCUGGUCACACCAGACUGU